AUGACAUCCGUAGGCUACCGAGAUCAAAGAAUCGAGAAAGUUAUUCAGAGACUAGAACAUUCAGUAUUAAGAGAUAGUCAAGGUUACCAGAUACUGGGUGACGACGGAACAUCAACGGCAAAAAUACCAGCACGAAUAAGGGAAAUCAUCACCAAGAAUUUAUCUCACCGAGCUUCACCGGCAUCCACCAUGACGUCAACGCUCAACCCCAACGUCAGUCAACUGACAGAAGAAAACAGACUUUUAGCGCAAGAGUUAAACAGGGUAGAAAACUUGCUGUCAGAAAGUGCUGCUGAAAGAGAUGAACUAGGAAUCAAGUAUAAUGCUUUGAGCGAAAGGCUGAUUCGUUUGAUGGAAAUUGCCAAUCUUUUUGUUUUAAAAGGGAGUGAAUUACUGUUUUCAAACUCUAGAUCUAAAGUCUUGAAAGCUGUUAAAGAAAAGUGUAAAAUUUCUGCUAAAGGAGUGAAUUAA